UUUGCGCAGGAGACAAAACAAUGACCACUAAAGAUGUACCGAGCCUUCGAAAAAGGGCCAAGGUGGACUAUGUGGCCACCAAAAUACUUAGUUUUGGAGCCACUGAGAAAGGCAUAGGCAAAGGUCCAUCAAAGCCUGAAAAGGUAAAAGAUGAAAAGGCUUUACAGCCAGAUAGAAUAAAUGAUAGCUUAAGAAACAAUAAAGAGCCAGUUUGUGGGUUGCAAGAUACAAGCAAAACAUCAUUCAGUUCUUUUGGUAUUGCUCCUACUAAUUCAGAACAAGGGAAGAUUGCCCGUACACAUUCAGAUCUAACAAGGACUGCUCCUACACAUUCAGAACAAACAGUUGCUCCUACACAAUCAAAUCAAACAAAGAUUGCUCCUACGCAUUCAAAACAAACAAGGACUGCUCUUACACAUUUAGAACAAACAUUUGCUCUUAAACACUCGGAUCAAACAAAGAUUGGUCCUAACCCCACAAGCCAAACAAAGCCUAGAAAACCAAAGGGCAGUAGUGAACUGAAAUAUUUGCUGCAGCCGUAUGACCCUUUGGCUGUCAAACAGACUUUCCAGAAUGGCAAAUUUAUGAGAACAAGAGAAACACCAAAUGACAAAGUUACAACUGUGCAGAGUUUGUUCCAAAUUGGUAAAACAAGCAAAAAGUCACUGUCAUGCUUGGGUCACUCAAAGAUGUUCAUUGUCAAUAUUGAAGGAGAUGGCAACAAGGAGCAGGAACUAUUUGUAGCUUUUGCACAUGAGCCAUCAGGUAGUUCAGUGGAUUGUCCUAAAGAGAAAAAUAUUACUGUUGAAGUAUUACCUGAAAAUUGUGUACAAGCGCCAUCUGAUAGUUCAGUGGACUGUCCAAAAGAGAAAAAUAGUACUGUUGAAGAAUUAUCUGAAAAUGGGGUUUGCGGGCCAUCUGGUUGUACAGCGGAUUGUCCAAAAGAAGGAAAUGGUACUGUUGAAGAAUUCUCUGAAAAUGUGGUAUGCGGGCCAUCUGGUUGUACAGUGGAUUGUCCAAAAGAGGGAAAUGGUACUGUUGAAGUAUCAUUAGAGACUGGAGAUGAAAAAGAAUCAAUAACAGAUUCCACAAAUGAUUUAGACAAUACUGAUGAAAUUGCUGCACCCCUUGAUAUCAAUGAUAAGACUGUUAACAAAUUCAGUAGAACUGAUAGGUUCCUAGAUGAGGGCAAAGAAGAACAUAAUUUUUCAGUACAAGGAAACACAGCAGAAAUAUUAACCGCAAAGAAAAGAGUUGAAGAAACUGAGAUUGGAGAUUCUUCAUCCAGUGGGUAUGGUUUAGCUGCAACUGUAAGCUAUAAAGAGAAUAUGGGCUGUAAUCACACACAAGGAGAUGACCAAGAAGAAAGUUUAAGUUUACUUGGAAAUGAAAUUGUACAUGUUUCGCAGAAGUCAAAGUUGGGUGACAGGCAGAAAGACCCCAAGGCUUACCUGGAGGAGGGCAGGAUGGUCUGGGGUGUAUUUGGCAAGGGGAGAUGGUGGCCUGCAGUGGUUGUGAGCGGACGGUCUGUGGGGAAGGGGGACAGGUCUGGAUGGGUUUGGCUCUACUGGCUGUCUGACAGACGGGUUUCACAGGUGAAGGAGUACAAUGUGGAGAGUUUUAAUAGUCAUAUGAUCCAACGACUCAAGCAGAAAGGCUCGAUGAUGCACCGGGGAAUCAACAGAGCCAUUCAACUCUUGGGUGAGAGGUCGGAGCUUGAGGUGCCAGCUAGCAAUGAUCUUCAACAAUGGGCAUUGACAGAGGGCCUGGAUAUACUAACUUCUGAACUUGUUAACACCAGCAAUGAUUUUCAUUUCCCAGAAUACAUCAUUGAGGAUUUACAGAAAAUAAGCAGAUGGCUAGAUCCUGAUGGAAACACAAUUUCUGUCUCGAAAACUGAGACACUUCACAAGAGUGACAAAUCUGUCAGCAAGAGAGAUAACCAGAUUGUGCAGCAGGUGGCCGUCAACAGUUUGGAUCCAAACUUGAAGGAGAAUAAUCUGAGUGGAGAUGUUUGCUUUGUGUGUAAGAGCAUGUGUCAAUUUUCGUACAACCAUCCACUGUUUAUGCAGAAAAUCUGUGCAAAAUGCAAGAAAAAUCUGAGGAGCAGUCUCUAUGCGGUAGAUGAUGACGGGUGUGGCUUGUUUUGUUGUGUGUGUGGGGAAGGGGGUCAGCUAUUUGUCUGCGAGACACCCAAGUGUGGACGGGCAUUUUGCUUCAGUUGUGUCCGCAAUUACACAUCAGAUGCUGUGUUCACUGAGGUACAGCAGACAACUCCUUGGCCAUGUUUUCUGUGCACAGUUUUCUCCCCUGACAGCCACGGAGACCUCGAGCCAAGGCCUGACAGAGAUGCAGAAAUCAUCCAGUUCUUCCAACCCGGGUCGAUGCCUGUGUGUAAAGACCUUGACUAUUUGACGUCGGGAGCAAGGAGGAAGUUGCGUGUUCUAUCUUUGUUCGAUGGUAUUGGCACUGGGAGGUUGGCCUUAGAUCUGCUAGGCCUAGAUGUGGAGUUGUAUGUGGCCUCAGAAAUUAACCCUGAUGCCAUGGCAGUGUCGUCCUACCAUCACAAUGUCACUCAGUUAGGAGAUGUCUGGGGCAUCAAUAAGGACAAGUUGCGAGAGCUGUGCCCCAUAGACUUGGUGCUGGGAGGCCCACCUUGUAAUGAUCUUUCCAUUGUCAACCCACUGAGGAAGGGAUUCAAUGGUUCUGGUAUCCUUGUGGUAAGGUUUGUGUCAUUGUUGCGAGAUGUCGAGGCACUGUGUAAGGGAAGUAACCACGUAUUCUGGCUGAUGGAAAACACUGCCCACAUGCCGAAUCAGUACAAGGAAAUGGUCUGUCAUAUUAUCGGGAUGGAGCCAGCAAUUUGGGAUGCAAAACAUUUCACAGGUCAACGGCGAGCCCGUUGUUUCUGGGGAAACCUGCCUGGCAUGUACAGUGGAGCAGAGUUAUGUAAACAGUUAGAGAAAGAGAGAACAGAGCUGGGUGACGCCCUCAUAUCAAACUUCAACAGGACUGCUAAUGUUAGCCACACCAGAACAGUGACCACAGGCAGUAACUCACUGACAAUCACAAAUGGCCUAGAUGACCAUGUUGUCAGUAUGGAUGGAGUAGGGGAUGAAAUCUGGGUCCAGGAGCUUGAGAGGCUGUUUGGUUUCCCCACCCACUACACAGAUGUAGGUCAGCUGACCCACACCCGGCGACGGCAGUUAAUAGGGAAGGCCUGGAGUGUGCCAGUUAUCAAGCACUUGCUGUCUCCACUGAGGUCAUAUUUCAAGGUCAAGGACAGUGAAUGAUCUUUAUGAAAUAGACCACAUCCAGUGACAAUUGAUGAGUGUGCUGUUUAUCAAGCACCUGCAGUAUUUGCUUGUGUCAUACUUAAAGGUAUACAACUAUUAAGGUUGUUAAGGUGUUUAGUGUGCUGAAUAUCAAGCACCUGUUGUCUCCACUGAGGUUUACAGUUUAAGGUCAAGGACACUGUAUGAUCUUCAUGUAAUAAACUAAGUUUGAAAACAACUGAUUUCAGGGCAGGCCUUAGGUAUGACAGUUUAAAGCACCUGCUCUCCUUCAGCUAAGGCAAAUUGUAGGUCAGAUGACCCAAACCUGACUCAAACGUUGUAGUUAUGGUUAUCUUGGAAGACCAUGGUUACUAGGCAAUGCCUUGAUUAUACCAUUUAUAGCCUAAAGUAACAACUGCCUUCUUUUCUGGUUGUAUUUUAAGAUUAGUGUGAUCUAAAUAACAUAGAACCUUAAGUGCUAGCUUGUCAUCAAAUACCUUCUGUUUUCACUUAGGCUGUAUUUUGAAGCCAAGGCCAUUUUAUGAGAUGAUGAUAAUAAAAAUGAUGUAUAUAUACAUAAUCAUUUUGUCAUUUUAAAUCUAUAGGCAGAGAAUUAAGCAGUGUAGCUUUUGAAGCUUCAUGCCAUGAUUUUAGUAAGGUCAUGUCAGUUACUGAAUUUAACUGGAAAGUUUAGUAGUUACUAGUUUGGUUAAAAAAUAGUUCAUGAUACAUGUAGGUGUUUAUCAAAAAUAUUUGUUUUGUUCCAAAAUCCAUGUAUUUAUUAUGUUAGUUACUUCUUCAAUAUUGUUUUUGUUUUAAGCAAUAUUGUUUUUGUUUUAAGAUUUUGCAGUUUUCAUUUUCAUUUGAAGUUGUUGCCAUACAUGUAGC